GGGCGGGGAAAGGUGGUUGGUUUGGCGGCGCGGCAACUAACAAACACAUGGAUUUUGUGAAGCGAAUCGUGCGGUGGAGAGUUCCCGGAGGGGAGUCCGCGAAGGCGAGUAUGGAGCUUUUCGACGCCAUAUCGAAAUACCAGAGACCACGACCGUUGACGCCGCUGCUCCUUGUCAAUAUCGUCGGGUUUUACGCCGGCCUCGCGGCUGCCGCCAUUUCCGAACAGCUCUACAAGGAACGGUAUUGGGAAGAGCAUCCUGGGGAGAGGGUGCCGAUUCGCAAGCCCUGGGCUUAUCUGGGACCCUAUCCGGUGCAAAGAGAGGAUUUUGCAGAGGAGCCGCGACCUGGUGCCAAUGGUGGCGACAGUGGCAGCAAGUAGAUGAGGGAGUGCCAGGCCAGGGAAAGCAUCCCCUACCACGUAUAUCUGUUCGACAGGUCUCGUCUUCCCUUCGCUUCUGAAAGGUUCAUUUCCUGUGGUGGAAGGCCUCGCCGGCACCAUGUUCCAUUGAAUCCAACUUGGCAAUGCCGGCAAUUUUCAAGGGCGCA